AUGUCUCCCUCUUCCCGACCUCCCCCGAGCUCUGCAUCAGACAAGCAGUCUUUCGCUUACGAGUCGACUGCCAAGCGAUGGCCCACCAUCUUGACCCAGGCCAUUGAUGGUCUCUACCAGGCCGCCUCGGCAUUGUCUAGCUCCUCUUCGGCUCAAGAUGUACGCGCAAAAGUCGACGAGUCCAAGUCGAUCAUCGAGAAGCUCUCGAAGCUCAAGCACGAUAUCGGUCGAGACCACCCCCUGCACAAGCUGGAGCAGGAUUCUGGCCCCUCGGUCGACCUCUACAAUUCCAUCAUCGAAGAGGAAAAGCCAACAUGGUUCACUGCCGCUUGGUUGUUUGCCGAAUGCUACUUGUACCGACUAGUGAGGAUCUACUUUGACCAGUCCCAGCACUGGAAGUAUUACGACCCCUUUGCCAACCAGAAGAUGAGCGCAUUCAGGAGCUCGGGAAGCGCUAUUGAGCAGCUGGCCAAAACUCUCGAGGAUCUGAUCAAGCAAGCUUCUUCAGGACAGGCAGCGGCUGGAAGCGAGGAGGGUAUGAAGCUCACCUUCUUCCUGCUGGCUCAAUCUGCACUCUGGGGCAACGCUACCGAUCUCUCCCUCCUCACAUCUCUCAGUCACGCCGACAUUCAAUCUCUCCAAGCUGGAGGGAUCGGAGCCGACGCUCAAAAGGGCAGAGAGCGCUUCAUCUUGACAGGACUCGGAGCGCUCGACUCUGCAUGGAAGCAACUUUCUGCUGCGAAGAAGCAGGGCAGGGGCGGCCGUGUAGACAUUGUCCUGGACAACUCCGGAUUCGAGCUAGUCACAGACAUGAUGUUGGGCCAUUGGCUGCUGGAGGCUGGAUAUGCAUCGGAGGUGGUCUUCCACGGAAAGGCAAUCCCUUGGUUUGUCAGUGAUGUAACGCCGCCGGACUUUGCCUUCACGAUCGAGGCUCUACAGGAGCAAACGUUCUUCGAUGAAAAGGAGAGCAAGACAGUCGAGCGAUCCUUGUCGCGUCCUCGCGGACAGGCUAACGUCGAUGAUUUCACUGGUGGUGAGCGCCCUCGCCCAGCUGGCUCGCGCUCUUUGAAAAUGGAAGCUAGUACCUCACGAGAGAGGAGCCCAGCGCCAGCUGGAAGCAAGGGCCUCCAGGCCAGUGCAGGCGCCGUCGGCAGCGAUCAAGGCAGAGGCCGACAGCCCGCUGGUUCUCGUUCCCUCACCAUGGACCCGGCCUACUUCCAGAAUUCGCGAUCGAGAACCGUAUCUCCAAGCCGCUCCUUCCUGGUCGACUCAACUUCUCUCUCUUUUGCGGACCUAGCCAUCGCCGAAGAGGGGAAGAGCGACACUGCCUCUCGACCUUCCGCCACACGAUCCGCCUCUGGCUUCCGCUCUCAGUCUGCAAGUGCAGCCAGCAGCAGUACUCAGCGCUUGGCGGCGACGUGGAGCCAGUACAUCCGCGAAGGCAAGUUCAAAUUGUCCGUCCCCGUCGUCACCAAGCUCGGUGAGAGCACUGGCCUCGCGGAAGGAGACUUCUGGACCGAAGGCGUAGGAUAUGACCAGAUGGGUCAAGUGGCUCCAGGGCUCCUCUCUGAGCUCAGAGAGAAGAGCGCUCUAGUCAUCUUCAAGGGCGAUCUCAACUACCGUAAGCUGACCGGUGAUCUGCAGUGGCCUACCACGACACCCUUUGAGACGUCCAUUGGCGCAUUGGCUGGUUCGUUCCCACUGUUGUCACUGCGAACCUGCAAAGCGGAUGUCGUGGUUGGAUUGGCGGAGGGAGUAGAGGAGAGGGUUGCCAAGGAGGAUCCAAAGUGGCGAGUCAAUGGGUCGUAUGCGGUUGUUGAGUUUGUUGGCAAGAAGUGA